UAUAUAUUGGGCUGAGAAGGAAAGGAGAUACUUUCUUCUCUCUUCACUUCUAUGCCUUCGUUGGUGGCCUGCAGCAGCAUCCUCUGCUCAUAUGUUGGCUCAGAGGUUGGGGCGGAUGGGAUUUCGGUGGUCGAAGAAGAUGCGCUUCUGUUCCUGUAAGUGUAUGUGAGUGUUCAAGUUGUUUCGGUUGCUUAUUUGUGGGUUAAUGGGAAGAGGCAGAGGAAAGGGGAAGAAAUUGACAGCAGUUGCAAGUCAUGAGGAUCUGGAUAAUGAUGGUGAAGAACCCCUUCCUGCAUAUAAAAGAAGGGGAAGGCUGCAGAAAACCCUGAAGGAUAACAUAGAUGAAGAUGAUACUGAAAAGAAUGAAGAAGGGACAGAUGAUACGAAGGUUACAGUGACAAGCAAAGAGCUCAAUGGUUCGAUGGGGCAAAAAGGGAAGAAGAGGAAGAGGUACUCUCAAGUAAAAGAAAAUCCUGAUUUAGUUUCAGAGGAGAAUGGCGAUGAACUGAAACCAAAAACUGAAGAGUUAACCAGGUCCAAUGGUUUUCGACACAAUGGAAGCCGGCGGAAGAGCAAGCCUCGACGGGCUGCUGAGGCAUAAAUCAUGUUCAAACCGACAUUUUAAUUUGCUAUCUCGCUACCAUUACAAAACCAGACAUGGUGAACACCUCAAGUCCUUAUCAGUUCACCUUUUUUUUUUCAGUCGCUUUGUUUCUCCUCUCCUUUGUUUUUCACAAGUGAACCAUAUAGGAAGCUAGGGACUAGAUCAUACUGCUUCCUGAUCUUUGUGGAUGUCCAAACGGUGUAAAAAAUAUCCUUUAACUUUCAUUUUCAUUUUCAAUGCAGAGCUUUGAGCACAUCAUUAUCUUA